AUGGGAAUCACAGUUCUCUUCCUUGAUGAAAAUCGCGGGGCCGUCCUAGAGGGAUCGUAUGAGAAGGACAAGAAGCCGUCUAUACCGCAGCUUUCAGGAGCAGUGUGGGAAGCAUGCUCGAGUUUCAAGAAGGUUCCUGCGACAAACAUCACUGCCAUCGGCAGGGCUAUUACUCAGGUUGCUGUUUCCAUGAAGGAUGUCCUUAGGGAGAUGAAAGAAGUGAAACCAGCUUCACCUGAGGAUGAGGCAUCUGGUGAUGACGAAGAUGAUGAUGAUGAUUUAGGGAAUGAUCUGUCUCCUGAAGAAAUGGAAGUUGCUCAAAUGGUAGCUGAGAUUAUGUCUGAGACCAUUAUGGUGAUAAAAGAACUCAUCCGAGUUAUCACCGGGAUGAUCAAGCUGGAGAACCCGAAAGAUAACAGCGGGUUUGUGGACUCGCUUGAGAAGCUGCUGAAGCUGUGUAAAGGAACUGGAGAUCAAAUCGAUGAGAUUGGAGCUUGCGUUUAUCCUCCGCAGGAGAUUGUUAAGAUGAAGCAAGCGCUGAAGAUAAUACAGGGAAACCUCGAUGAAGUCGAGUCCGAAGUUGAGGGUUUGAAGAGUGCUUCAGAGGCAUUUACAGGAGCUUGCGGGAAGCUAAGAAGCUCGAUUAAACACAUGGAAGGUGAGUUAGACAAGAGAUGUGAGGAUGAAGUAGUUGCUGGAAUGCAGAAUGUUACUCUCGGCAGUUAGAAUGUUUGGGAUUUUGCAAGGUUUCUUCUGAAGUUACAUUUUUGUGUGUUUUUAAUUUUUUAUUACAGUAAAGUCGUGUACUUUUUAUGUUCCUGUCGGAAAGUAGCAUGUGUCCUUUUAACAUUCAUGUAAUAUGCAUUGUUCAAUGUGUUGCGUUACACUUCCUAUAACUUUAGGAUGUAGCUUAGAUUUUGCUUUCGUAUCUUACCAAACUUGGAACAAUGAAAACUUCAUUUUGGAAACUA